AUGAACAAAGGACAUAAAGGUUCGUCGCGGACGUCGAAAAUAAAUCCCCUUGCCUUACCCAAAGGGACGGAGAAGUUUUGUGAACUUUGCGGAAAAGUUGCUCGGCUGCAAUGUGCCGCGUGUCAAGUCACCUUUUACUGCGAUGCAGAGCACCAGCAGGCCGACUGGGUGGGGAUCCACAAGAGAAUUUGUCAGUUGCUUGUUCAAAUCCGUGACCCGGGAAGCCACGUUCCGCUGAGGCGUGGCAGAACUAACUUACAGCAGAAAAAGGUAGAACUAAUUGAGAUCUGCAGAUUUGAAGCUGGAAGCAAGCUCUCUCAGGGAAAACAUCAGGAGGCCCUGCCUGCUGCUCAGUCCGGCCUCCGCUGUUUGACAGACGUCCACGGCUCUGGCUCCUGUGAGCUGGUCCCUGCCUACCUGCUGCUGGCUGAAGCCAACAUGGGUUUGGGUAACAUCAGUCGCGUGAAGGAGCUCCUGUCCCAGGCAGAGUGGGUGGUGUCAAAGAGUCCUGAAUGUACCAAUGAAAUUCACCACCGGCUGCACAGGAGCCUGGGCCGCCUCCACGUCCUGACUGGAGACCUGGAAGCCGCUCUGUUCCACUUCGCAAAUGAUAUCUAUUAUGCUGCUGAGGCAUUUGGUCUAGAAAGCAUGGUCAUCUCUCGUGGCUAUUUCCUCAUGGCCGGUGUGUUUGUCAAACAAGGGAAGUCACCUGUUGCGUCUUCCUUGUACUCUGAGGUCGUUCGAUCGUGGCACGCCCACCUGACCGAGCUCCUCCAGUCGCACAUCAACAGUCCUGAUUUCUCUUAUGACAAAUCCCAGCAGGUAGAAGUGGACGAGAUGUUUCGGACCAUGUUGGAGUUUAAGCAGAAAGAGUCCAGAAAAGACCGGAAACAGGAAGCGCUGCUGAACCACUGUCUGGCCAUGUUAUGGCUCCUGGGAGGAGACACCCAAAAGGCAGCGGGAUUUGGCAGCGCGGCCCUGCAGGCCAGCCAGCUGAUACCAGACCAUGACCUGGCGGAGUCGGUCCGGGGCCUGCUGCAGCUGGCGCAGCGUCCGCAGACGGACCCGCAUCCCGGCCCUGACCAGUCAUCGUGUGGCUCCUGCAAACCAACAAACCCGCUUCUGACGCCUUCACAGUUCUAA